AUAAUUUAACAUAAGUGAAAUAUAAUUCACUUUGAGUAUGCUAAAAAUAGUAAUUACUUGUUAAUGUUAAUUUUAGUAAAUUAUUUCUUUACUAUUACUUUUUACUAUGUAAUAGUGGACUGGAUCAGAAUUGGAAGUUGAUUUACCAAGACGCAGAAGCGAAAUCAAUCUCUCUCUUUCUCUCUCUCUCGUUUCAGCUAUAACUUGUUAAUGGAUUCAUGAAAUCUUCAAUGGCUUCAGAAAAGAUUUUAUGGAUUUUUGCAUUUUCUGCUGUAAUUGUUCAUCUUCAUCUCUGUAAAGUUCCAUCAGUACUAGCUGGUGACAUAGUUCAUGAUGAUUCAACUCCUAAGAAGCCUGGUUGCGAGAAUCAGUUUGUUCUGGUCAAAGUGCAAACUUGGGUCAACGGUGUAGAAGAUGCUGAGUUUGUUGGUGUCGGUGCUAGGUUUGGAAGAACGAUUGUAUCUAAAGAGAAAAAUGCUAGGCAUACACGUCUUAUUCUUUCAGAUCCUCGAGAUUGUUGCAGUCCUCCAAAGAAUAAGAUUGUUGGAGAUGUCAUCAUGGUGGAUCGAGGCAACUGCACAUUCACAAAAAAGGCCAAUUCUGCACAAAAUGCUAAUGCUUCAGCUAUCCUCAUCAUAAAUAACCAGAAAGAGCUUUACAAGAUGGUUUGUGAUCCUGAUGAAACUGAUUUAAACAUACACAUACCUGCUGUUAUGCUCCCACAAGACGCAGGCACAAGGCUGGAAACAAUGCUGAUGAGUACUUCAUCUGUGUCGGUACAGCUAUACUCACCACGUCGACCAGCUGUCGACGUAGCAGAAGUGUUUCUUUGGUUGAUGGCGGUUCUUACCAUAUUGUGUGCGUCAUAUUGGUCGGCAUGGAGGGCCCGAGAAGCAGCCGUUGAACAAGAUAAGUUAUUAAAGGAUGCUUCCGAUGAUAUCCCAAACAUUAAAGAUGAGGGCGUUAGUGGAAUUGUAAAUAUGAAUGCAAAAGCUGCAGUUCUUUUUGUUCUUGUUGCUUCAUGCUUCUUGUUUAUGCUUUACAAAUUGAUGUCGUCAUGGUUCAUCGAGCUUUUGGUUGUUCUCUUCUGUAUUGGUGGAAUAGAGGGCUUACAAACUUGCUUGGUUGCAGUUUUGUCAAGGUGGUUCAAGAAUGCUAGCGAAUCAUACAUUAAAUUACCUUUCAUAGGAGCUGUCUCGUAUCUGACUUUGGCCGUUACUCCAUUCUGUAUUACAUUUGCCGUUUUUUGGGCAGUUUAUCGUGACAAAUCAUUUGCCUGGAUUGGUCAAGAUAUACUUGGAAUUGCAUUGAUAAUUACAGUUCUGCAGAUUGUACAUGUGCCUAAUCUCAAGGUUGGUACAGUUCUUCUCAGUUGUUCCCUCCUUUAUGACUUAUUUUGGGUGUUUGUCUCGAAGAGGUUUUUCAACGAAAGCGUGAUGAUUGUGGUAGCUCGAGGCGAUAGAAGUGGAGAAGAUGGUAUUCCAAUGUUACUAAAGUUUCCGCGCCUUUAUGAUCCAUGGGGUGGUUACAGUAUUAUAGGUUUUGGAGACAUCCUUCUACCAGGAAUGCUGGUGGCAUUCUCACUCAGGUAUGAUUGGCUGGCAAAGAAGAGCCUUGUAAGUGGAUACUUUUUGUGGGCAAUGUUUGCCUAUGGCUUUGGUCUUUUGAUCACGUACGUGGCGCUAAACUUGAUGGAUGGGCACGGACAACCAGCACUACUAUACAUUGUUCCAUUUACUCUCGGGACCAUUCUGGCAUUGGGGCGAAAGCGAGGAGAGCUGAAGAUUUUGUGGACAAAUGGCGAACCAGAAAGAUUCUGCCCACAUGUCAGACUCCAACAUAGUGAAGAAUCAAGUCCCGAAUGAUAUUGUUUUGUAACUUGAAACCUGUUUUAAUAUAUUCUGCGCAUGUAAAUACAUGGCUGAUCUUUUGAUAAUUGGGAACAAAAUCAAUUUCAAAGGCUUAGCACAAGAGUUGUAUGAAUUUGUUACCCUUUCAUCCAAGUAGGGUCUUACAUUUGUAGAAAUAGUAUAGAUUCAAUAUUAAAGUCUGUUCAGUAA